CACACCUGGGCCCCAGGUCUUGGAUAAGGAAUUGUGAAGCCCAGCUCUCUUUUUCAGCCAUAGCUGACAGAAAGGGAGGUUGUGUGACCUAGAACCAAACAGUGAAAUGUAAGGGGAAGUCUUCUUGAGCUUCUAGGGAAAGAUCCUGCUCUCAAAAUGAAAAGGUAAAGCCCCCAAAGAAAGUGGCCUUGCCCUACUCCUUCUUUCCUGCUCAGGGUCUGGGCUGAGGAUUUGGCACCUUCUACCUUGUGGCUAUGAAGAGACAAGAUCGAAAGAUUAGCUGAGAAUGGUGGGGGAAAAAGGAGAACUUUACGAGCCCCUGGAAGAACUCUGGAAUCAUAAACCACGCUUCUAGUUAAGCAAAUACUGAACUUCCUUAUUUUAAAUAAUUAGGAUUAAUUAGUCUUUCUGUGACUUUCCUAUGAAUGAGAUUAGCCAGGGACAAUAAAAUGGUGUCUGAACAGGUGACGAGUAGGGCCCUCCCUCAGCCAACAGAGAUAAGACAGAGCUUACACUUGGGUUUGGGAUAGAUGAUGGGUGGAUUAAUUUGUUUGUUCACUGCAAAGUAACCUCUUCCUGAUGAAGGAUCAAACAAGAAGCCUGUAAUACCGGCAGGCGACAGAAGGCCCAGGUGCUAGCCUUAUCGGGUUGCCAAGAAGAAAGGAGAAGGAGAACAAACAGGCAGGAGGCCUCCCUCGGCAGCAAUCCAGAGCAAAGGCAGCUAUUGCUUCUCAUGAACACUCCAAAGUUUAUCACAGUCACCUGUCACCCUAGCUGGCACAGGUCUUUGAAAAUGUGCUGGGAGUGUGUUUACGUGUGUGUGUGCUUGCAUAUUAAAGAUGCCCAGGUUAAUACCAGGCAUAUUAAAACACCCUUGCCUGGCUAGUCCUUGCAGACCUUCUCUGAAAGUUUUGGUGAGUAAGUCUGUUCUUCAGCAACCCUACCUGCUUCUCCAAAGCGCCUAAAGAGAUCCAGUACUGAUGGUGCUGUUCUUCCAUCUUUACUCCCUGGAAACUAACCACGUUGUCUUCUUUCCUUUACCACCACCCAGGAGCUCAGAGAUCUAAGCUGCCUUCCAUCUUUUCUCCCAGCCCCAGGACACUGACUCUGUACAGGAUGGGGCCUUCCUCUUGCCACCUUCUCAUCCUCAUCCCCCUUCUCCAGCUGAUCAUCCCAGGGAGUACUCAGUGUUCCUUAGACUCCGUUAUGGAUAAGAAGAUCAAGGAUAUUCUCAACCGUCUAGAGUACAGUCCCUCUCCCGUAAGCAAGAAGCUCUCGUGUACUAGUGUCAAGAGCCAAGGCAGGCUGGCCUCUUGCCCUGCUGGGAUGAGUGUCACUGGCUGUGCUUGUGGCUAUGGCUGUGGUUCGUGGGAUGUUCAGGGGGGAACCACCUGCCACUGCCAGUGCAGUGUGAUGGACUGGACCACUGCCCGCUGCUGCUACCUGGCCUGA